AAUCUGGCUGGGAUGAGGGAGAGGAGGUUGCAGUGAGCCGAGAUAGCGCCACUGCACUCCAGCCUGGACAACAGAGACACGACUCUGUCUUAAAGAAAAAAAAAUGACUUCUUCCUCAUUGACCUGUGGCCGCUCCAAGGCCAUCAUCUCACAUCUUUCUACCUCCGCAGCACACAACACGCCUUAGUUGGCAACAGUCAGAGUUUGUGGAAUUUGGGGGAAGGGCGGGGUCUAACCUCAGGUCAGACGUGGUGCAAGGUACAUCUUGGCACCUGGAAGAGGCCCAGCACGUUUGCCCCAGAGGUGACCCUACCUCCCCCACCAGUUGAGGCACCCUUGUUGCCAGGCAAGCCGCGGGGAUGCGCUCAUUGGCCAAGAAGGAACGCCUGUUACUAGAGGGGAGAACCAGAGCCCCAUUGGUCGGGACACCUCACAAUAGACCCCAGCAGCGCGCAGAGUCCUUAUGAUUGGUUUGCCGCCUGUCUCAGGAGACCCUGUUGCCUGGAGCUCAGGAUACUUGGCGCUCCCAACCCGACCCACGUUCCCCAUUGGCCUGGCAAAAGCCGCCAUCUAAUGAGCGGCGAAGUGCGGAGCUCCGGAAUGCAGGCUUUCCGCGGUGCGAUCUAGUCCUGUGGGAGGCAGCCCGGGCCGUACCGCAGCCGCCCAAACCAGUGCAAGGCCCCCCCCAGGCCUGACAUCGCUUCCAGUGCUCGAGAACCAAGGCCUGCUGUGGAGGACACUGUGCUCCCUUGGGACCUGCUCUGGAUCCCGGCCCAGGCGUCCCCUCGGAGCUCCGCAUCUCCAACCUGAAACCCAACCCAGAAGGCUCAAGUUCGACGGGCCCACUUGGCGUGCGGAUCCACUGAGGGUGAAUCCACAGAGAGGUGUGCCCAUCUCCUGCGUCUUAGUUAUCCCGGUGAUCGUGUAUCCGCCAAUUGUUGAUCGCCUCAUUAACUUGGCUUUCUGGGUGCACCCACCUCCUCACCUGUCCAAACCAGACUUCUCUCCAAAGUGUUGGAAAUUCUGUGCCCUAAAGAAUUCCAACUCAGAUCCGAACAGGGAUCUGGUGGAAUAGAGGGUAAAAGGCUGGAGGGACCAUGUUCUACUAUCCCAAUGUGCUUCAGCGCCACACCGGCUGCUUUGCCACCAUCUGGCUGGCAGCGACGCGCGGCAGCCGGUUGGUGAAGCGCGAAUACUUGAGGGUGAACGUGGUGAAGACCUGCGAGGAAAUCCUCAAUUAUGUGCUGGUACGAGUUCAACCCCUGCAGCCCGGCCUGCCGCGGCCCCGCUUCUCCCUCUAUCUCUCAGCCCAACUUCAGAUCGGUGUGAUCCGCGUCUAUUCUCAACAAUGCCAGUACCUCGUGGAGGACAUCCAGCACAUCUUGGAGCGCAUCCACCGUGCCCAGCUGCAGAUCCGAAUAGAUAUGGAGACUGAGCUACCCAGCUUGCUGCUUCCUAACCACCUGGCCAUGAUGGAGACCCUAGAAGAUGCACCAGAUCCCUUUUUUGGGAUGAUGUCUGUGGAUCCCAGACUUCCUAGUCCUUUCGAUAUCCCUCAGAUUCGACACCUCUUAGAGGCUGCACCCCCAGAGAGAGUUGAAGAGAUUCCUCCUGAAGUGCCUACAGAGCCCAGGAAGCCAGACAGGAUUCUGGUCACUGUGCUUCCCCCUGAGGCCAUCACGCUCCAGGAGGCAGAGCCCAUACGGAUGCUGCAGAUUGAGGGUGAACGGGAUAUCCCAGAGGUCAGCCGCCGAGACUUGGACCUACUGAUUGCAGAGGAAGAUGAAGCUAUCUUGCUAGAAGCCAGGCGUCUCCAGCAGCUUAGGGCCCGCCUGGCACUGGAAGAGGCAAAGGAGGAGCCCCGGGUCCCAGAGGGUGAAAUCAUAGUCCCCCGGAUCUCACCUCCAGCUCCUGCAGAGGUAGAAGGAAUAGCAGAGCCACUUCCAGUCCAGGCCCUGGUCCCUGAGGAGCUGAGGCCGACAGGCUGGGAGCCUGAGGCCCUGCUCAUGGAGGUGACCCCCCCAGAGGAACUUCGUCUGCCAGUCCCACCCAGCCCAGAGCGGAGGCCCCCGGUACCCCCACCUCCUCCCCGCCGCCGUCGCCAGUUACUGUUCUGGGACAAGGAGACACAGAUCUCCCGGGAGAAAUUCCGGAAACAACUACAAACCAGAGCCCACUGCCGGGAAUGUCCCAUGGUGCAGCCUCCUGAGAGGACCAUCAUAAGCCCUGCGGAGUUGUUCAGAACCCCAACUCUGUGUAAGAAUGGCAGGGGUUGGGCACGAAGGAUCCUCAAAACCAAUUCCUCAUUCCUGGUGCUCCUCAUACCUCAAACCCUGUGCUUAUUGCCUGCUUGUCCACAGCUGGCUGGCUACCCCCUGAACUACUGGGCCUUUGGACUUCUUGUGCCCAGCCACUCCCAAGAGCACUCAGGCGAGAGCUGCCUGAGGAGGCUGCUGAGAGGGAGGCAGCUGCUGAGGAAGAAAGAAAGAUUGAAGCUCCAAGUGAGAUUGAGGUCCCAAGGGAGGCCUGGGAGCCCAGUGGUCCCCUUAUGGUGUCUGCAGAGCUCUCCCUGGAGGCAGCUGAAGAGGAGAAGUCCCGUAUCAGCGUCAUCACACCAGAAGAACGGUGGGCCUUGGCUGAGAUGGAGCAGCCAGAGGCUCCUGCAUUGCCUGUGGUGCCUGAACUCCCCGAGGUGCCUAUGGAGAUGCCUUUGGUGCUACCUCCAGAGCUUGAGCUGCUCUCACUGGAGGCUGUGCACAGGGCAGUGGCACUGGAGCUGCAGGCCAACAGGGAGCCCGACUUUAGCAGCCUGGUGUCACCUCUCAGCCCCCGCAGGAUGGCUGCCCGGGUCUUCUACCUGCUCCUGGGUAAGUGUGUGCGUCAUGUGUAUAUGGGGCAGACACACAAACCAAAGGCCCAUAGGCGGACUCCCCCAACCUGCCCUCUCCUCCCCUCUUGACCAGUGCUCUCAGCGCAGCAGAUUCUUCGCGUGGAACAAGAAAAGCCAUAUGGUCGCCUCCUGAUCCAGCCGGGGCCCAGAUUCCACCGAGGUUAGAGUCCAUUUAAGCUGUCAGGAAACUGGCCACUUCUAGUAACCAUGCUGUGCUUCACUGGGCCCUGCCUGCCUCGUUUCUGAAUGUGCAUGUCUAGCCUUCUUGCUCUCAGAGUUAUAGUUCAAGCAGAAAACAAACUGCUUUUAUUACAA